ACCUCAAGAUCAAAGCAGUUUCAAAGUUCAGUCGCUUGAUCGAUGUGAAUGAAUCCUAUACUAACGACGGUUCUGCCCAUGUAACAGCCUCGUUGCUGAGCGAAAAUCUCAACAGCAAACAUGUCAUCAAAGGAGGGGCAGUCUGCAUUCACGAACUACGUCGCUUAUCAUGACCCCCAAACUCAAAGAGACCGAAUCGGUCACUACAACCUGGAAUCAAGAACCAUUCAAUCUCUAAGCUUCAAGUCCGGUACACCAAUCACCAACCUCUACCAAGUCAUCGAAGCCGGCUCCUCCAACAUCACGAGCUCCGGUUCACCCAUAGCAUCAUCAGAAGUCCGCAUUCUGCCUCCCCUAGCAUCCCGAGAUGUCCUCUGCGUAGGCAAGAACUACUUCGACCACGCCAAAGAAUUCAACAGCUCCGGCUUCGACAGCUCAGACAAGGUUGAUGUGCCGUCGCACCCAGUCAUAUUUACUAAACGGUAUACGUCUAUCAUUGCUGAUGGCGAGGAGAUCUUUCCGCAUCCCGGAUUUACUGAAACUACGGACUAUGAGGGCGAGAUUGGUGUGAUCAUUGGGAGGGCGGGGUAUAGAAUCAAAGAGGAGGGUGCGAUGGACUACGUCUGGGGGUAUACGAUUAUUAACGACAUGACUGCGCGAGAGAGACAGAGAGAUCAUAAACAGUUUUACAUAGGGAAGAGCCCGGAUACGUUUUGUCCUAUGGGCCCGAUUGCUGUCCCGGCAUCCCAACUCGACAGCGUCCUCCGUGUACAAACGCGUGUGAACGGUGAGCUCAGACAAGAUGCCACCAUCGAAGAUCUGAUCUUCUCCAUCCCAUACCUGAUCAAAACGAUGUCAGAAGGCCAGACCCUUCAACCCGGCGACGUCCUCGCUACAGGUACCCCCGCCGGCGUUGGCCUCGGUCUCAAGCCACCCGUCUACCUCAAAGCUGGCGACAGCAUCUCGAUCUCAGUAACUGGACUCGGGACUUUGACAAACCACAUUGCCGACGCAUCUUCACCGAAUCCCCUAGCAACCAAGCCCACAGUGUCGAGUUUAGACUACAACAACUCUCGCCUACCCAUCUCCCAGCUCGCCCAAAUCAACUCCAAACCCCUCUACUACACCCAAUCCGGCCCCUCAUCCGGGUCCCCCAUCAUCUUCGUUCACGGUCUCGGUGGCUCUCACACCUCCUUCACGCCACUGAUCCACACGCUUGGUCUAGAAUACACACACAGCGUAAAUAUCUUCGACCUCGAAGGGCAUGGCGCAUCGCCCACACAUCCCCUCAGCGUUCUCUCCAUACCCUCUUUCUCUGAGGACUUGGUCGGUGUAUUCGCCUACGCUGGUAUCAAUGACAGUGACGGCGCGACGGUGGUAGCGCAUAGUAUGGGCUGCCUAAUCGCGCUCGACUUUGCAAUCAAGAACCCAGGCAAAGUCGGACAACUCAUCCUCCUCAACCCUCCAAGUCUGCCGUUCCCAGAAGAAGGCGUCUCAGCACUACAUGCCCGCGCUGACCUCGUCCGGCGAGAAGGCACGUUGAAUAUCGCGGAGAAAAUAGCAUUCUCUGCAACGAGUCCACAGAGCCAGGCGAGGAACGCUGUGGCGGUGAAUGCGGUGAGGUUGAGUCUGCAAAGUCAGGAUGCGGAGGGGUAUGCGAAAGCUUGUACGGCACUGGCGAGUGCUGAGACGCCCGACUGGGAGAGGAUAGGAGCGAAGGUGACAGUUGUUACGGGACGUGAGGAUGGGGUUGCGCCGGUGGCUGCUUGUGGAGACAUUGUGAGGAGGUUAGGGGAUAAGGGUGAGUUGGAGGUGCUGGAGGGUGUGGGACAUUGGAGUCUGUUUGAGGAUGUGGAGGGUGUUGCGAAGGUGGUUGAGAGGGUGCUUGGGAGGGGGAGUGUUGCAUAGCGG